UUUUCUGUGCUCGGUUGAUUCAGAUACUGAGGAAUAUUGUACCCAUAUGCUUGAGGGCAAAGGAUGCAGACUUGAAUUGAGUGGACGUUGUCAAGUAUUGGUCAAGGGUGACCCCUAGAUCAAGGGCACUAACGCUUCUCUUGAUCAAACAGCCAGCAAUAUUCACCGAAGCUAUAGGUUGAUGCGGUAGGUGGCGAGACGUAAAAUGCACAAUUUCCGUUUUUGAUUAGUUGCACAUUCAUUUGUUCCCAGUCAUUCAGGAUAAGAAGUCUUGAACGUACAGUUCACGUAUAGCUUACUCAGACAGGAUGUUUGUUCCGAUCUCCGCAUAACCAGGUACAUUUGCGUGCAGCAAAUAUCAUAGACUGCAGGCCAUGUGUGAUGAUACUAUCUUCAGUGGGCGCAACGAAGAGGGAAAACAACAACGGGCCCAACACCGAACCCUGAACAUCUUUGAUGACAAUUGACUGCGAACGAUUAGCCAGAUACGAUUCAAUGGAUGCCAGGGCAGAACUCUCCAACCCCAAACGGGUGUACAAUCUUUUGAUCAGGACAGCAUGGUCGAUAGUGUCGAAGGCCGACGAUAAGUCAAGCAAUAGCAGGACAUCAUUACCGUGAUUAUCAAGGGCCAAAAUUAUGUCAUUGGAAACACGCAGCAAGGCAGUUUAAGUAACAGAAGCAUGAUCAGAGGGCAUUUUGAAGGAUAACGUAGCCAAGAAAUAAAUUCUCAUCACAGCUUGUAAUGCUGGAAAAAUUCAGCCUCGGGGUUACACGCCUCCAUGUGGAAGUUGAAAUCGCCACAAAUUAGACAGCUUAUCUGUGAAAUGGAUAGCUCUUCAAUAAGCCUACUGAAAUCAUCGAAGAACAUAGACGAGGUCAAUUUGUGUUUGGUUGAUAGAGGUGGUCGAUAGAUAAAAGUUGUAGUUAAGUAGUUAAUUUAUAAAGAGGUAUAGAGAGUAUCUCAUUUGUAUAUGUUAAACGUAUGCUUCACCAACUAUAGAUAACUUUUCUUGUUUCUAGCUCCUAUGAUGUUAAUCUUGGAAUAUGUACCAUACGGGGAUUUGCUAGGCUACUUGAGAAAAAGCCGAGGAAUGGAAGAUAAGUACUACAACUGCCCAGAGAGCUGCCAACAGGAAGUGACGUCAUAUGAUUUGCUUUCUUUUGCUCAGCAGAUUGCUUCGGGAAUGAGCUUUCUGGCUUCUAAAAAGGUUAAUGCCUCUCAGUUUCUUUCUUUGUUCCCGUUUUUGGGAUUAUAAAGAAUGUAUCAAUCUUCCUCAUUUAUUCACUAGGCGCAAUAUUUGCCAAUUGUCACAAAUUUUACUAUUUGAGACACAGGAAGCAAUUGACGUGGGCAGGAGUAAGUCAUUGCAAUAGGGAAGUUAUGUGCCCAGAAAGGAAAAAAAUUAUUUAUUGGGACAAAGGUGAAUAUCGUCUAAACAAAAAAAGAGGCGUCGACUCAAGACAGAACCCUGUGGGAUACGAAUGGAAAAGGUAAUCUUGGUUGAUAUGGAGCCAGGUUGCCAUGACUUUCCUUGCAGUAGCUCAGGGUUUGAGCCAUGGAAUGCCAUGUUUCAAUUCUCUCGGGGAAUCCCAUUUUUUCUGUCCUACUCUCGCGACAUUACGAAUAUUGCCUUAAGUUUUCCUUAUGUGCCUCUCAUGUUUUUUUUUUUAUCAUCCGUGAAAGACAAUACGGAUUACUUCUGCAAUGUUUUAAGGUUGUGUUUCAUCUAGCCAAAGGAAGGGUUCUAAUAAAUUUGCCUAUUCUUUCUAGUAGAGGCCUACUAACAUGAUUUACACUGUAAUCAUGCGACAGUUCUCUUAGCCAAAAAGAUACAAAAUCUAAAGUUUAUACUCUCCCAAACUCUAUAUUAUGGAUAACUCUGAUUUACGACUUUUGCUUUGACUUUUUGGUGUUUGUUGUCUAUAUCUGGUAAUAAUGAAGAUGGUGACGAUGAUGAUGGUAACAAUAAUGAUCAUUUUUGAUACUAUUGCUAGAUCCUUCACCGAGACCUUGCAGCUCGCAAUGUUUUAGUAGGCGUAGGAAGGAUCUGUAAAAUCACAGACUUUGGACUGUCUCUCAUAAGAGACAAAUAUCAGUAUCUUUACUGCACUGCAAUACGAAAGGUAAUUAUCAAAGCACCGCUAUGUACAGUUUUACUUUGGCCGUGCAGCCUCUUCCGGGGAGUUACUGCUGGAAACUUUUGGUGGAGUUGCGGCUUGCUUCGUGAGCCAAACCCUAUUCAACUUGAGAUGAAAUUUAUUUAUUGUUUUGCUCUAUUCUAUUUCAGGCCUGUACCGAAAUUGAAAUUGCAUCCCUAUUUCAUACCACUUUUUCGCACGAUACACACUCGGCUGAUACGUGUUUCAAGUUUCUAGAAAAUGCUUUACUUUGAGUCACCAGAGAUUUGGAGGCGAGUUUUCAACUCCCACAUUCUAUUCAAAAUUCCUUAAUUAAGAAAUUAAUUAUAACAAAAAGUGACAACAAUAGCAACUGUACUAUGUCCACUUAUUUUUCCACCCAGAGGGUACAAGUCUUACUGUUUUUCAGACCUUUAAUUGCAGACCAGAAAGGUCAAAUACGACAUACACUACAAAGGAUGGAAAACCUUUAAAAGUGUGUAUAUCGACUGUCCCAAAGGGUGGCAUUUAAUGCUUUUCCAGUUAAUAACUGUUGAGCUUUAACGUCAUUUGGUUUCAAACGUGACAGGGAAGACUUCCAAUCAAAUGGACUGCUCCUGAACAUUUGUUUAAUGACGCACAGGACAAGGACGUGAGAGUAUCAGAAAAAAGCGACGUGUAAGUUUUAGCCUGUUGAUACUCCUUGUCAGAGAUCAACAAAAAGAUUUUAACUUUUUUAAAAUGUCAGGGUGAAAUAUGAUGAGAACACGUUUUGUACUGCCUUCUUUAAAAACAAACAAACAAUACAAGAACAAUAUUACGCUAAUAUUUUAAAUAAGUGAGUGGUGAAAAAGUGUUUUCAUCGUUCCAGAAAAAAAUAUGAAAGCGCAAGAGUUUGCAAGAGUUUGCCAGAAAAUAGGAGAGUAGAGUUUAAGGUAGUUAAUAUAAAACCUUUCUUCUCUUCAAAUCUUGUUUAUAACUUGGUACUUAGACAACGAUAAUAGCAAAGAAAGUAUAAUUGUAGUAGUAUAAUAUAGGAAUACAUGUCCAACAUAAGUUCUUAUUAUUAAUGAAUGAUUAUGCAAAAUUAUAUCAACAGCUGGUCUUAUGGAGUUGUUCUGUACGAGAUCUUUACCUUAGGUACGUAUCUCGCUAGCCAUUUUCUUGGCACAUAGUUUUGAGUUAUACUUUCAAUAACUGUUUGUGACUUUGUUAGAAUUUUCAUGGUGUUGGAAUUAAUACCUCUAUCAAAUUAUUAUGACGUCAAAUUUGACACAUGAGUACUAUGAGCAUCCCAGCUCCACAAAAACUAGCAAUCUUCUCUGCAUCAGGACAGAAACUGUAUAGUUCGGCUCCUUCGGCCGGUCUGCAUAGUUUUCAUAUCAUAACCGGGCCUCUCUAAUAAUCACUAAUUAUUAUUUUAUCCUUUUUUUCCCUGUAGGAGGAACCCCAUAUCCUCAUUGGAAUGAAUGGAAAGUGGUUUAUGAGAUUAAAGUCAAUAAACACCGCAUGAGUCAGCCAGAACAUAUCAGCGAGGAGCUGUAAGAAAACAAGAAUUUCUAUAUAGCAAUAAUAGUUGCGGCUUUCGAAUGAUAUGAAGAAUUAUGGAGGGUCACUUUUCCGACGUGGCCGAGGACUGAGGCGGGAAACAUUCUCCGAGAUCUGCACAAUUCUUCAGAUCAUAAGAAGGCCUAGUUCACUGACUGUUUUAUUAUUCACUCAACUAUUUCAGACGUAAAUUAAAACUUGCCUACCUCGAUCUACGUAAGGUUCCCGUCUUCAUACUAUUUGCCUGCUUCUCGACAGUUUCACUUUAAACAAAGGUUGUCGUCCGUCAAGUGAUAUUUUCUAAAUAGGUAAGAUAAAGAGGUGAAAGGCGCGCCACACGAGCAAAAGACCCAAACGGCCGGAGUUUAUCCCGGUUUCCUUAGUGUGAAGCAUGCCUAGGAGCAUUGCCACUCGCCCCCCAUACAGGAUGCCAGCCUAUCGCAGUGUUACCUCCCAGCAGUAUUUCGCCGGUACCCAUUUAUACACCUGGGUGAAUCGAGGCAGAGUGGAGUAGAGUUCCUUGUCUAAGGAAACAACACGACGGGCGAGGCUUGAACUCCAGAUCUCCAGAUCCGCUGUCCGAGGUGUUAACCGCUUGGCCACAAACGCUUCCAUAUUUUCUUAAUACUUGUCAUGAUUUUAGCUUUAAGUUUGGCCAUUUUUCUUUUCAAAACGUGAAAUCUUCAGCUCUAAUAAAAACAGCUGAGCUAGAACGCAUUCUAACACUUCUAUUGGCGUCCAUUGUAUUGAUAUCGGCAAAAGUGAUUUGUACUUAUUGCACAAAACAAAAUAUCAACCAAUCAAAUAAAUUUCGUUCUGCAAAACUCACCAGAGCGCGGAAUUUUUUUUUUUUUUCAAUUUGCAGAUACCAGAUAAUGUUAGAAUGCUGGGACGAGGAUCCCAACAAUCGCCCAACAUUUGAAAGGCUUCAUGAAACGAUAACUGAAUUCCUUAAGGAAGAGGUAAAUAUUUUCAUUCUUCCAUUCUUGACAAUCUAUCUUGCUAUUAUCCUACCUUCUGGACUAGUCAAUCUAGCUUUCUCUCGUGAAACUGUUUUUUUUUCAAUUGCCAGCAUCCGUUUAUUGAUAAAACGAUGGUCGUUAAUACGCCCGCUGAACCAAACGCACGGGUACUAGUUCUUGGUUAGCAAUAUGCCGCGAAUGCUCAACAAAGAUCGCACUAGAUUCAUUCAGAGUCUUUCUCCAGUACGCUAAAAUCAAGCAAGCGAAAGAAAGACUCUACUGGCAGGGUGGCUAUUAUUGUCGUUAACUUGUAAUAUUAGUUACAUCGAUCUCGUUCGAAUGGCUGUUGAUUUGCAGUAUUAACUCUGAUUCGUUUUGAACAAGAUGCAGAUGGUUUUCAAAAAUCAUCGGCGAGAUUGUUUCUAAUCAUUCUCUGCUUUUUACAUGUAUUUCACCCUUUGUAGCUAAAACCAAUAUGAUAUGGUCGCAAAGAGUUAAAACUAAUAUUUAAUUAACAACAAUAUAAAUUACAGAUACCACGUUUUACAAUACCUAAAAGCUAUUUUUUCGCAUUAUUGUUUUAGCAUUAUGUUGAUCUGGACAAGUACGAACCAAGCUUGUACACAAAUGUGGAAGAAAUGCCUUCUAUCACGAAUCAGCCUGCAUGGCAAGAAGAUGCAGAAAACGUUCUUGAAAAGAUAGAUAAGGAUUCAAGAGUUUCUGCAAACAAAGACUUUAAACUGUAG